UCGUUGGUGUAUUAUUCCGGCUUUUUUUCUUCAGAAAGUCGCAGGAACAUUCCUAAAUCUGGAGAUAUGUGUUGAAUAGGGUCUAUUUUCGCAGACUCAUACAAGACAACAAUUCUCUUGGCAACAGGGAAAUGGCGACGACGUCCAGGCCUAGCCUGGCGCUGGCCCAGUGUGUGGCGACAACACUCACAAGAUCCACUCUCGACAACCAAUACGGGAAACUAGUGUUGGUUGAUUUAUGAAUAUUUGGACAUAGAUCUACUUUUUCUUUAGGCGAAUGAUAUCAUAAUCAUACUCAUAGGGCCUAGUCGGUAAUUGCAGCAGCAUUUCAAAUGAGUGAGGACGGGUAUAAUGAAGGAAAGUAGAUGAUAGGCACAAUGUUUGGGCCAGUACACCAUGUCCCAUCCCCCUACUUUUAUGAUCAGAAGAAAGUUAUUCAACGGCCUAAGAGGAGACGCAAGCAACCUCAGGAGCUCCCUCGUAGUUUACGCUUUGCCAACCUCAAUCCUCGUUUGGCUGCUUUCCUUAGCAGCCAGGAACGUCAAAAGAAGAAGCAAGAAGCAGAAUCUUAUGAGGGACACUUUUCUUCUGACCAAACAUCUUUACUUAAAUACUCUGAGGAGGCAGGAAAUAGUUUCUUUGCCCUCCAAAACACUGAACUUUAUCGUCAAAUAUUCAGAAAUAGCUUUGAUAAUUUAACACUUGAUGGAGAACAAACUCAGAGACAGCUCUACCAUGAAUCUGUUCAAGCAGCUCCAACACUCUUAGUCAAGCUUACGUCCAUUCUCUAUCUCUUUGUGGACCAACAUCUAGAUCUUCCUCGAGAAUUAGUGAAUGCGCUGAGCUGUUCCUAUGAAGAACUAACAGCAGAAGCACAAUUUGAAAGGAAAGAAUGGCAAUGUAUUGAAAAUCUUCCUGAUGAUGGAGAGAAAGAAGGUGUGGAAGAUGGACUUGAAGAAGACAAAGACUUAGAUGAUAGUCCCAUUAUUGAAGAUACAGAUGGCAAAGAUAAGAAGAAAAAGAAGAAGAAAAGGACAUCUGGAGAGGACCCAUCUCAAUCACCUGCAGAUGGAUCCCAUGUUCCUAAAUCAAAAUUAGGGAAAGAUAUUCCUCCAGGGACUGCAAAAUCAGCUCCAGCAGGACGUUAUUUAAGUAAGACUGGAAGAGAUGGAAAACAUUCUGCUCUAAACAAAACUCCAGUUCUAAGCAAGCGAGCUCAUACUGCAGACAUGAUUGGGGAAAGCCAAGAUGAUAUAAAAUCAGUGAAACAGAAAUCAGAUGAGAAAGCAACAAGACGUUAUAUGAAGAAGGGUCGUAGGCAUGCUACUACAGCUGUGGAGUAUUACGCCUCAUGUUAUGUUGGUGGUGGUGUGGCUCAGCCUAGUUUUCUUCAAGUAAUAAGUUUCUCCAUUACCAAGGCUAAAGAGGAGACUGGUUGGUUGAUUCAACAUGAAGAUGAAGAUGAGGCUGUUAGGAGAAGUAUCUUGGAGACUAUCAUUAUGAGACUCAACCAGUCAUCACAGGAAGCGAAAGUUGCUGCAUUUGAAGCUAAAGAGAAAGGCCACACUAAUCCACUCUCUAAGCGUUAUUAUGGUGAUAGCAGAAGAGAGGCAAUGGCAAAGUAUGGCAAGAAGUCAACUGUUGCAGUAGCUCCAAGACUUUCUUCUACCAGUAUGCAAAGGUUACCACCACCUCCUAAGCUUCCACAGGCAGCACCUGAAGAAAUGAGACCAAAGUUUCUGACUGGUUUACCUGAUGGAUCAAUAACUUUAUACUAUCCAUCAGGUCGUAUUGCAAUCAUCACAAGUCCUUCAGGGGAAAAUAGACAGGGACAUUAUACACAUGUGUAUGAGGAUGAUGAAGAAAAUUCCUAUCUUGCUGUGUUCACACCUACAGGAAGAGGGUGUGUCUCUGAUGUGAAAGGAACUAUCAGGUUAUGGUGUACAGAGAAAGGAGGCAUGAUAGCUGAUGAGGAUGGAGCACUCACUACCAAGUGGGAAUGGCCUUUACCUCAUCUCAGACUUAAUAAUCCAGUGGUUUACAAGAUCAAUGAUUACAUCAGUAUUCGCUGUGUGAAUAGGGCAGGAGUUUCAUUAACAUUCACAUGUCAUAAGGAGACAUCCAAGGUUCAUGUUGGUCAGACCAUCAUGGCUACAGAGCCUCAAACACAGGAAGAGAUGGGAUAUCUGGUGUUACCUGAAGACACUUACACAUCUGUAUCAGCUAGUGAGAGCUAUGCCCCUCCUCCACCCCCACCAAAGCGGAAGAAACCAAAGGAUGUUAAUGUCUUGAAACGCACUCCUAAACCCAAGGUGGUUAUUGACCCUAUGGAGGAAAUCAUAAAGUCUUUAGAGCUGCCAAACAUUGGAGAGCAUGGUAUCCAAGCAGAGAAAGAACUUUAUACACUCAAAACAAAAGCAAGACAUUUAUUAGAUGAAUGGAUGGAUCAUUAUCGUAUGAUACUGAACGUUUCCAAUCCUUCAUCUGCCCGGGUAGGAAGUGCUAUAACCCCAAUCAGACACCGAACCCGUCUGAUCAAGUCUGCCAAGCCCAAGCUAGAAUCUGGAUCAGAACGUCCACAGUCUGCAGCUUCUGAUUUCUUUCCGCGUCCUAAGCUCCCUAUGAGAGCUCCAUCUGCUCCUGCUGUUUGUCGCCUGCAGGCAUCCAGACCGUACAGCUCUAUAUCACUUAAUACAGAACAGCCUAAGAGGGAUGAUGUGGCAGGAAGACAGUCUAGAGUAAGGAUAGAAGUAGAUGGAGUUGACCAAGGUUAUCACUCAAGGUAUUCAAGAGGAGGUUCCUCAUUCAGCAGAACUACAAGACUGAGCAGUCCACAGCGAAUGAUGUCAGGGAAGACAUCUAUAAUAGAAACUGAAGCAAGUGGAGACAAAGCAAGAAGAUCAGCUCCACUAAAAGGCUGUCCAGUUGCAUUACGAGCCGAGAUGUUAGGAGACAAUGUAGCAACAUGUAAGUGUAGUCGUCACCGUAUCCCUGUCAUCACAGAUGUAGAGCUUGAUAAGUUCUUAACAGCUCAGGUACCCCGUGAACAGCUUGUUGUGUUAUGUGUGGUUUCAUCUAUGUUUCCUGGAGCUAUGCCAUGUGGUGAUAUGUUGGUCAGACUCUAUGAAACCAUGAAUAGAAACAGGACUAAACCGUGCUAUCAGUGUGGAGGAGACAGGUAUAGACUCUUGAUAUACGACACUAUUGCAGCUGUACAUGGAACCACAAACAAACAACCAGAGCUUUAUAGAAGACACAAUGCAGUACCAGGCAUGUUCAUGAUCUAUGGUGGAGGUAAGCUGCUCUUCUGUGACCAUAUCUUCAAUGGUUAUGGCAAUGCAAGGAAGGAUUUUCAAAAGCAACUCUCUAGAACUCUUAAAGAGCACAACAUGGGCCAUUACCUACCCAGAGAUUUCAGAUUCAGUGCAAGCAGAGGUAAACAUGGACCAAGGUCUGCUUGGGGAGGAGAGAUAGGUGGCCCAUACUCUCAAUCAAAGAAAGAAGUUUUAGCUUUACCAGGGCUUGAUGAUCGUAAUGGUAUCGCCCAAUCAGUAUCAGUGUCAUCCCUUGCCAGCAGUAAAGCACAUUCUUUUGGUAGUAUCAUUCUUCCUCCAAGACCUCAUACCAGUGGAAGAUACAUUGAGACAAGGGCAGACAGCGUCAUGAGAAGAUUACCUCCAACUGGUCAUUUAGUAGCUUGAGACUUUUCUGGAAGAAAACCUAUCAUUUUGUGUGCUUUGGAGAUUAUUCUUGUUUAGAGGGAUACCUGUACAAGAUGCUAAUCUGUCCAGAUUCUUUGUUGGACCUCUUUGGGAGAUUGAUUUUGGACUGUCAUCUCAUACCAAAAGACAUGGUGUACAGGGUAAACUUGAAGCUAUCAUCUGCUUGUCAUGAAAGUGAGCCUUACAGAGAGAGAAACCUACAAAGGAUCUUGUAGAACAAGAAUUGAUUCAUCAUCAAGAUGAAAGGUCAUCUGGUAGCUUACUGAUCUUGGAUAAUCCUCCCCAAGUUGAUUAUAAUGAUAACAGAUAAAUGGAAAAGGGUAAACAGUUUUGCUCUUCCUGCUAAAUGCUACACAACUUGGUGCAUCAUGGCCUAGUGGUUCCCACUCUCGCCCUUCAGAUGGUUAUGGGUUUGAAUCCUUGCCAUGGCGUUUUCCUUCUGCAAGAAAUUUAUCCACACUGCUGCAUUUGACCCAGGUGAGUGAAUGGGUACCCGGCAGGAUUAAUUCCUUGAAUGCACUGGGUGCCAGUGAAGGUAGCUCGAGCUAAAGCUGGUGUUAAAAUAGCAGUGCUUUGUAUACUCAGGCAAAAAGUGCUUUUUAAAUCCAGCUAUUACUAUUGUUUUCUUUCAAUGUGUAUUCAUAUUUACAUUUCAAACAAUAUUGACAAAGGAAAGGCCCAGCCAGGUCUAUCAUAGACACAAGCUAAUUCAAGCAAUAUCCUUGUAAGAAAUGGAUUUGCCUGAAUUUGUAAGCAUUAUAUAAGAUCAGUAUUUGUACUAUGUCUAUUCCAUAUUGUUUUUAUCACAAGUAAAAGACUUGUUAUAUCAUAGGGAUAAUAAUGAUAAUAAUGAUAACAAUGCGCCUCGGAAUGGAAUAUUUCUAUAUAGAUGUCGCUAUAUAAAUGCCUAUUAUUAUUAUUAUUAUUAUUAUAAUAGCAAUUAGAACUUGACAUGUAUGCAAUUUGGCUAUCUUUUGAAAAAAAAACAGAAUUAAAGAGAGUACAAAAUCCCCUUUUUAGUAUUAUGUCUUGCCUUAUUCCUUGUUAUGACAUAACUGAUAUCAGUAUUUGAAAAUUUAUAUUAUGGAAAGUGAAAACCUGUCCACUUGAAUUAUUCAGAGCUCUAAGAAAAAAAAUCUCAGAAAAAUAUUACUUGCAGUGUUGUGUCUUAUGACAGAUUCACAGAGUAAAAUAAAAAAAUACAAUCAGUUCAGUUCUGUGUAAGCAGCUAGCAGGAUAAUGAUAUAGAUUCUAUAUACAUGAAAUGCUAUGUGUUGUAGAGCAUCUUCAUUCCAAUAUGUGUACCAUGUUUAUGCAAACUAGUAAUGAAAUAUGCAAAUUGUGACAACACAUAUAACACUGUUGUGAUAAGUGUUGUAAAGUGAUGAUAAAAAGGUAUUUUGUUCAUAUUGCUUACAAUCUACAGAUUUUUUUAUAUGAUAUUUUUGUAUAGAAAUAUGAAUGGGGAUCUCAGUGUAAUAACAAGGUUAUCUAAAGGUGUCAUGGUCUAGUGAUGGGGUUCUCAAAUCUUUUCCUUGAAGGGCAAAAUAGGACUCCAAUGAUAUACCUUUAAAAGCCAGAAUGAACAGGAGACUUACAAAGAAACCCAAUAAGUGCAGAGUGUGAAUUCCCUUGCAGGGGUCCAGGGGGUUUACAUUCUCUCUGGUGUAAUCUCACC